AUGACGUGGUCACCUCCCCAGUCCGGGCCCUUAGUGGCCCUUGUGGCCCUCCUUUUCCUCGGUUUGACUUCCAGCGUCCCAUCCGGCCCGGCCUCUGAUACCUGCGCCACCCUGGAGCAGAGCCGCUUCUUCGGGCUGUUCUCUUCGACUGCCAACCUGCCCUCCAUGCCGUGCUCCUGGACCCUGCAGAACCCAGACCCUCGCCGCUACACCGUCUACAUGAAGAUCACCAAGCCCACCGACUCCUGCCUGCCCCGCCAGGUCAAGACCUUCCAGUUCGACUCCUUCAUCGAGACCUCUCGCACCUACCUGGGUAUGGAGAGCUUUGAUGAAGUCGUCCGAUUGUGCGACGCUUCAACGUCUGUAACCUACCUGGAGUCCAGCAAGCAGUUCCUGCAGCUCCGCAAGGUGGCGCCAAGACACGGCCUGGAGAUUGUGGAGGGAGAGAGCAACGGUGAGUUCAAGGCCGAGUUCCUGGUGGUGGGCAAGAGGAACCCCAGUAUGCCAGCCUGUCAGAAGCUGUGCCAGUGGCUGGAUAAUUGUUUGUCCACCAGCACCCAUCCCAACCCCUGCGGCAUCAUGAACACCCCCUGCCAGUGCUGGGAGACCCCCGUCAGGAAGCCCGGCGGCUGCUACCGUGGAGGCGUCUACCUGGAGAAGUGCAUCCCAACCCCCAGAGACACUGGACGUGACAUUGUACGCGAUGCCGAGAUCAUAAGUGAGUAGAGUUACCACUACCUAACCUGCUUAUUGUGUUAUGCUCAAUGUCCAUGACUCCACGUGUCUGUUUUUGUUAUCCCAAAAUCCCAAAAAGAGUGUAGAGUCUAGACUAGAUCUCUGUCUAGAUCUCCCCCCCCCCCCCCCCCCUUUUUGCUGAUAUAGAGAAUGUGGGGUUCUGAUGAAGAUGUGCCUUUUGCUGCCCCAGUAUCAUAAGGCGUAAAUGAAGGCUGUUUAUUAAGAGACUGUGGGGCUCCUUAAGGGCUAAGUGGUCAGAUCGCUCCAACUGCACAGAGUGUUACCUCGCCUUUUUGUUUUCUUGGAUGGCAGACAUGUUUACUGGCUCUUUGCUGGGGGAUUGAGGGAUGCAAGAGAUACACACACACAGUGUACACAAAGCCCUCACAGUUAGCUGGCACAGGAAAUAGAAGCCAAGCACUUGCAGUAACCAUAGCAACGUGCCAGUCUUGCACACCAUGCUUUCCAGGGUGCUGAAAAGCAAACAAUCAUUUCUAAAUAUGUUUUUUUAUCUGGUAUGGCUUCUCACAAAGAGCUGUCCUUGUGCAUUUCUCAGCACCCUGACAGACACACUAAUUACCCGUUUCCGGUUUUUACAUUGAAAUCCUUGAGAACACUUUACCUGAAUAAUCCAUUUACACUGAACUGUAGCAAUUUCUAUAUCUCAAUUUCUGCGCAGUAAGACUUUGUUAGAAUGAGCUGAGCUCCAUCAGACUAUUGACUCCACAUCUACGUACCAUUGUCAUCCUCAAGAAUUAUGUCUCUGGACUUGUGUGUCAUGUAUCAUGUAUGCCAUGUGCCUCUUCUCUUCUCUCCUGCAGAGAGCUGGAGUGGGUGGGGCCGCUGGUCUGAGUGCAGUAUGGAGUGCGGGGGUGGAGUCCAGGUGCGCAGCCGAGCCUGUCAGCCAGACGAUAGUGUGUGUGAAGGCGUGGUCGAAGAGGGGCGGGCCUGCAACCCUCAGCCCUGCAUUGGUGAGUCUACCUGUCAAUCUAGCUGUCCAUCUGUUUUCUUGCCAGCCUGUAAUGUCCAACCUACUGUCUAUCUUUGUGUUGAUCUGUUUGGAAGCAGCUUGAGUUUCAGCUCACUAAUCAUCUUUUACCUCCACAGGUCAAGUGCGAACCCGUAGCCAAGCUCUGGCUUCCAUCGUCGGCCUAAAAAGAGACAACGCUGAUGUUCCUACCACUGGAGUCCUUCACCCUCAAACAGGUGAGACACACGUUCUGUGGAUAAAGGAUAAAAAAUCCAGUUUUGGGAAUAGUUGGAGAGGUGUUUACAAUAGUAUAAUAACUGGUAUAAUAUGUCAAAUUUAAGAUACCGGUAGACCAUUUGCAGUAUGUGAUGUAUAACUUAGAUCUACCAUAUAACAAGUGUUACGGCUGCCGGACCUUCAGUGCUGACUCUUUGACCCCUGACCUUUGUAGUGGACGCUGCUGCAGUUGCAGAUGAGUGGUCCCCCUGGAGUGUGUGUUCAGUGAGCUGUGGAGAGGGCUGGCAGGCCCGCACCCGUUUCUGUGUUACCUCCUCCUACAGCACCCAAUGCACUGGCCCCCUCCGCGAAAACCGCCCUUGCAACAACACCAUGGUCUGCCCUGGUAAGUGGUGGCUCAUUUACUGGGGCGUGUUUAGGGUGGUGUUUAGGGUGUGUAUGUGUUUGUUUGUGUGUGUGUGUGCCUCUCGAUAGGUUGGCAACUAUGGUAAAGAUCACAACUCCACCUAGUGGAUAGCUCAUGAAAUUGUCCCCUCCCUGAACUCACAGUCCCUACAACUCAGCUAAUUCAUAUUCAUUUUGAGGACAAAUAAAACAUAACUGUAAAAAUGUAUGUUUGGUGACAUGGGCUGAAUUUUUCCUCUUGUUUUCAGUUGAUGGAGCUUGGGACGAGUGGUCUCCAUGGAGCCUGUGCUCGUCCACCUGCGGCCGUGGUUACCGUGACCGCACCCGCACCUGCAAGCAGCCCCAGAAUGGAGGAGAACCUUGCAAGGGACCCAUCAAACAGACCAAGUUCUGCAACAUUGCAGUCUGCCCAGGUUAGCCUUAUUGCUUACUUAAUUAUGAUAUAUGCCAUUUAGCAGACUCUUUUAUCCAAAGCAACUUACAACAGUGAGUGCAUACAUUUAAGUAUAUGUGACCCUAGCGGGAAUUGAUCUCACGACCCUAGCAGGAAUUGAUCUCAUGACCCUAGCGUCAUACUCUUACCAACUCAGCCACACAGGACCACUUACUUACUCAUCUUAAUGAGUAUAUCUUUGUCAAUGGGUUAGCCUUGAACCCCCUCACUGACCCCUGUGGGAGGAACUCUGACUGACUAAGGUACUUUCACUUUCAAGGCUUCUCUCUUCCCUCUUUCCUUCCUACCCUUCCUACCCAUUCUGACACAGCUAAAUGCUUUAGUAAUGGUGGUUAUCCGCGGAGUCAAAUGUUGGUUUGGCAUCACAACUGACGUACUGUAUCUGCAGAACAAAUGCCUGCAGGACUUAGUCAUUGGCCAUACAGGCAGUGAGUCAUACACUCCUCACUCACACAAACAUGUUGGAGCUUCAGUUCUCUCUCUGUUGAUACAUACACACCGCCCACUGACAGUACAUAAAUAUUCAGUCCAUCUGGUACUUAGAUGUUUUUGUAAAUAUUAUAACAAUGGCUUUUCAUUUGCAAUUCCAUUAUUCACUUAGCACAUAACUGAUUUUCUGUCGCUCCUCAAAACAACUGAGUUGGUUAAUUUAAUGUGCCUGGCCAUGUAGUUUUAUACUGUGGACAGCAGAUGGCAAUAUGCACCACCAAGAGAUGACCGCUGUAAAUGACUGUCAUAACUUUGGGAAAAUCUAAUUUCUAAAGCGAAUACAUAUUUCACCUGAAUUUGAAGGGGUUUUGAGGACAAAUCAUCUUUAAUAGUCUAUUCAACCCAAUAAUAAAAUACUUACUUUGGCUUCCAAAAGAAACAUUUGGGAAUAGCCAGACUCUCUAAAAUGUAAUUAACCAUUUUUGUCUCUUUAUCCAUUAAUAAUGAUUGAUUCCAUUUCUGACUAAUUGUCUUGCCCUUUGGAAGACUGUUAUCUUAGAAAUGAAAUUCAUGACAUUUUAAGAUCACUUUUAUUUUUAUUUCAAACUGCCUUGUCAUGUAUUUUCACCAGGUCAAUUUCCCUCCUUGCCCACCCAAGAAUAGACAAAGAGGACAGUGCUUAGAGCAGCAUUAAAAGUAUAGUGUUGCACUGAAUCAAGUCCCCCAUCCAUUCCCAUUAGAACAAAAGACUGGGCUUGGCAGUGAGAAAAAAAGGUUCCUGCUCACCCGUGUAGGCUGAAGGGCUCACUUAAUGAGGUGGAACUCUGGGAGCGAUGGAAUGCGAUGUCCUCCAGAGACUCCAAAUUAGGCCUGCCAUCCUGUGUUGGGAAACAUUGACUGUGUCCCAAAUGGCACCCUAUUCCCUAUAUAGUGCACUAAUUUUGACCAGUGCCCAUAGGAUAGCUAUAGUGCUCUGGUCAAAAGUAGUGCACUAUUUAGGGAAUAGGGUGCCAUUUGGGACGCAUUCAUUAGAAAAAUAGGCCCAUCAUCUUUCUUCCCAUACGACCUGCAUUGAGCGAGCAGCCAUUUUUCUUCCUUAAAAUACAGUACACUUGAUGAUGUUCUUAUGCGCCAACAACUGGAGGUUUUGUGUGUCGUUUGAGGAAGGCAAUUGGUAUGAGAGCCUUUUAGAGUUAGAGACAACUGCAGUGGUGCAUGAAGGACAAAACAGAACAGAGUUUGGGCCUUCACUGCUACUCAGUCUCAAAGUAGGACAUGUUAAAAUGUUAAUAGCAUCACUGUGCCAUGAUGAUUACUAUAAUGGCCCGAGGUUUGAUGGUGUCCUAAUACUCCACCUCCCUCUCUGGUUCCCUCUAGUGGAUGGUGCCUGGAACGAAUGGUCCGGUUGGACCACCUGCUCAGUCUCUUGCUCCAAUGGCACCAAGCAGAGAACACGUGAAUGCAACGGACCGUCCUAUGGAGGCUCGGAGUGCCGUGGUGAUUGGCGUGAGACCAACAACUGUUUCCUGAAAGAUUGCCCAGGUAGUUUGAAAUGGAAAUCUCUUUUGUCAUAAUAACUUGUCAAGUAACCAGUUCCAGGGGGGGGGGAAGGGGGAGGAGGGAGGGUGAGGGUGGGGGGUAACAGGGCCCUUAUUAAAGGCUGGUUUUGGGAGGGGGAAAGGCAGGACCGGGGGGGGGAAAAAGGGAAGGGUUUUGAAACCUAAUUUUAAGGGAAUGGGGGGAAAAAGGGGGCUGGGGGGUUUGGGGAAAAAAAGGGCCCAUAAAUGAUAAACAAAAAGGUGACUGUGGGGGAAAAACCGGGCAAACCCCAAAAAUGUUUCAAAACCAAUUGGAAGAAAACCCCCUUUUAUAAGAAAAAGAGCCAAACCCCCCUUUUUUUCCGAAAAAGAUCGUCGGGGGAACCAAAGGCGAUUUUUGGGGGAAAAAAACCCCCCCCAGGGUUCCCACCUUACAAUCCCAACUUACAUUUAAAACCAACAAUUUUUCUUUGAUUCAACAACAAGAUGUACAUCCCAUUCUUCUGCCCCGACCCACCCAAAAGGGUUGGCGAGAACCGGCGGGGUUUGUUUUGGGAGAAACCCCACAAGGAUCUCCGAACUCCAGACUUUUCCAAAUUCAUACGAAAAAGUUGGAAUUAUCCUAAAAACCCCUUAUUAAUUUUUUCUAUGUUAUCACCCUUGUAUAUCCUUGCAAAAUUAAAUGUUGCCCCAAAGUUAUCUCAACCCUUGGUGGGUUCUUUUGGGGAAACCAAUUGAUCUCAAAAACACAUUCCGUUGAUUUCCCCCAGGGCCAAAAAGGAGUUUUUUAGUUACCUAACAAACCUGUUGAUCUUAUUUUUCCCACAAUUGUUAUAACCCAAAACCUUGGGGUUUGGGGUUCCCCAUACCACCUUAGAGGGGCCAAUACAGGGGGAUCCCUUGGAUUUUCAGGCAAAACACACUCCAAAAGCCUAAAUUUAUUACCAGCAGGAAAAACGGUGUUUUAAUUAAACAAUUAAAAAACUUUUUGGUUCCCACCCCCCCCCAAGGAAAACAUUAUUUUUAAAGCCCAAAAACUCCUCCAGCAAAGUAUGAUUUAGUCUUUAGUCUAACACCUAUCGCUAAUAUCUCCUUCUCUACAGAACUAUGCCCAGACAAUCAGCAACUUACUGAAGGAGGAACAUCAUGGCAAAUGGGAGGAGGCACAGCUGGUGAGUGACAAGUUCUGACAACAGUGUAUUUAUGCAAUGCGACAUAUUAAUAGGUGUGAGUGGAUGUUUGUAUGACUGUGUAACUGAGAAAAAGAGUGGAGGAGAACAUUUUUCUUCCUUUGUCAGGUUUUUGUAACUGUAAGUGUGAGAGAUGGAGUGGAGGAGAAAGUUUGGUCUGUGUAAGUGUGUAAGUGUGAGAGCGAAUGGGGGAAAAGUGGUAACUGGUGGUACCUCAUUAUCACCCCAAAAAACCCAUUCAGUUCCCUACCAAAGAAUAGACACCAUAGGAAGAACAGGACACUCAGGGAAAGAAUUGGCUAAAAUGUGAGAAUAUUGAUUAAGAAAAGAACAUGUGUCAUAUCAAUCCACACCCCCUUGACUUCCGUCACACCAUCCCAUACUAAAGAUAGUGUUAGGAGCAUGUUUCCCAUUAAACAAGGAUAGCACACCACCAUACUAUCUGUCUCAUGUGUGUCUCACAUGGACCAUUACGAAUAGGUUAACUGUGGCCCCCAGCCUCAUGGAUAUGAUUACUCAGGUUGUUAUUGUAAUAGAGAAUGUUCUCAAUGACCUACUUGGUUAGAGAAAGGUAAUACAUAUAUUAGUAUGGAAAACUCAAGUCACUAAUCAAAAGGCCCCACUUUCAGGGAAUAACAAUUUGCGUGUCAAAUUGAAGAUGAACUGAUUAUGAACUAACAGUGUGUCAGUUAGGAGAAAAUUAAAGCUUGGGGUAGAGAGAAAGAGCAAGGCAGGCAGGGAGAAUCUCAACGCCCACUCUCCAAUCUGUGCGUCUCCAUACCAACCCACAGACCAUGGUAGUUGUAAAGAAGGGACACAUACACAGACACUGUACAUUGUACAAUAUGUAUCACACAGAUGUACACACCUUUCGCCCACGUCGCAAUUGUUCUGCGUCAGAGAGACGCAAGAGCCCUCCCUCCCUUCCACAGAGAACAGAGAGAAAAAGAGGAGAGUGAAUCAGCAGCCUGCUGCCUGAUGCCCAUGUAUGGCCCUCCGGAAGUUAGGAGGUUCCACUGUGGAUAAUAGUGCUUUUCACUGCUCAGGGACAUUAGUAUUGUGAAAGAAUGAAACAGAGCAUGAAAGGCAUUACAUAUACAGUGCAGUAUUAGGCCUAUACAUUCAUUGUUCCUCUAUAUGCGCAGCUUAGAUAAGCAAUGCUAAUACCCUCUAUGAAAAACGAAUAGUCUCCCAGCCGGCAAAACUGGCGUUGUAAUAAUGACGCAAUUUCAACCAGAUAACAACCAGUUCUGGUUGUAAAUGGGUUGUAAUGACGUUAAUUCAACCAACUUCAAACAAUCCCUGGAUGUUUAGGAUUUUCUUUUAUAUUAAUUGAUGGUCUCCCCUCCUCCCUUAUUCCUUCUCUCUCUCUCCCUCCCUCCAUCGGUCUCUCCUCUAGAUGGGCGCUAACGUCAAGGAGUUCUUGCAGCUCGUCGAGAACUUUGUGGACAUGAUCGGUAUGCAGAUGAAGGACUUCCAAGACAUUUAUGAAGUCACAGAGAAUUUAGGUAAGCCACACAUGUCCCCUGCCAGCCGCUCUCUGCUCUUACCACCCCAAGAUAAGAAUGAUUUGUCUUUACCUUUAUCCGGCCACAGAGUGCAUCAAUCUUAACCAUGUCACAAGAGAAGUUCUAGAUUAGCAGGGAAAAUCCAUCUGUUAUCACUAUGACAUUUUGGCAGGCCAAUUAGUAGCUAUCCAUCUUCAAGAUAGCACAGAACCAUAGCAUCUGAAAUAUGUCAAAAAUCUAAUCAAAUCAAAUGUUAUUUGUCACAUGCUUCAUAGACAACAAGUGUAGCCUAACAGUGAAAUGCUUACUUUCGGGUCCAUUUUCAACAAUGCAGAUUUAAAGAUACGAUUAAUAUAUAUAUAUAUAUAUAUAUAUAUAUAUAUAUAUAUAUAUAUAUAUAUAUAUAUAUAUAUAUAUAGAAACAGUGACGCGAGGUAUAAAUACACAGUGAAUAACAAAUAAAAAUGAAGAGUAAAAAUAACAUGGCUAUGUACAGGGAGUACCAGUACCGAGUCGAUGUGCAGGGGUACGAGGUAAUGUUUAGCUAGAUGCAAAGAUGCAAAGAUUAACCCCAUCCUGCAUGUUACCAAUUACGUGGGAUGAAGCUAGAAGCAGAUUGGGUUUUACAUAAGCUCUCAGAAAAGACACAUACUGUCCAAACUGUAGAACUCACGCUUAUUUUUCUCAUUGCGACAGCAAUUUCUUACCAUGUUGUCUUGGCUAUAGCAAAGGUGACAUUCACGAUCUCAGUUCACACAGGAUUCAGCAGCAACUCCUCCAGACAGUUAAAGACAUGACGCAUGACGUAUGAAGCCAUAGCUGUCCUUGGCUCCGCUUGUUCAGAGUUCAAUGAAAUGAUUCUUCACUUACCAGACCCUAAUGGAGUCAAAGUAUCCUAUACACACCUAAUAUCUAUUUUUCUCCUCUACAGUGUUGAGCAUCCAUAAGCGCCCCACAACCAUGACCACCGACUUCACCUUCCCAGUGAAAGGAUGGAGAGGCAUGAUGGACUGGGUCAGGACCUCAGAGGAGAAGAUCACUGUCUCCCGCGACGCUCUGUCCAUCGACCAGUCUGGUGAGAAUGGCAUUGAUACUGUAGUUAAAGAGUGUACAUUCACAACCACUGAUGCAUACAUUGUACAGCUAGUCUACAGAUAUACAUGCAUGUAUUUAUUUGUUUAAGGAAACAGAUAGAAGACAGUAAAACAAACAAUUCUACCAACUUAAAAAGUCUCAAAAGCUCUUGUCUGUUCCUGUUGACAUCUACCAUUUUCUUCUCUCCUAGUGAAACAGUGGAAUAUAAUAAUAAUUGUGGGUUUUGUCUGUUACAGAGGGCACCACUGCAUUUGUGACCGGGAUCAUUCUCUACAGAAACCUCAGCUCUAUCCUGUCCUUCCAAAGGUAGCCUUUCUUACUGAAUGACUGAUACUGUAUACCAGCUCACUUUUACAGUGCCUUCUAGAUAUACCGUACCUUGAGGAAGGUAGACUGUCCUCAAUUGAAACCUAAAUGGGGCUAGGACUCAGUGAUUUACAGACAUAUGGUUACUCACUGUAAAAAAACAACUACAUUAAAAUCAUUUUAGCAUUCCCCUGAAGUAGCCAGCCAUUCAUUGCCAAUUAAUCAAAUACCGGAAACAAACCUACAAUACUUUUACAAAACUGUGCUUUUAUUUGACCAAAUGUCCUGUCUCUUCUCCCCUCAGUAACAGCACCGUCCUCAACUCCAAGGUAGUCACGGUUAUGGUCAAGCCCACCCCAGGCCUGCUGUCCUCCCCAGUGGAAAUCGAGUUCCCCCACCAACAUAAUGUAAGUUUCCAUUGGAUAAUGGCCCUUUAGAACUACAAGUCCACUAGGGGUAUUGUCGUUUUUUUUUUAACAAGCAUCCUACAUUUGACAUUUACUGUACACUCUACUGACAUUUGCAGUGCCACUAUGACUUUUUUCAUAUUUUUGAUCUUUAAACCACAAACUUCACAGCUAUACAGUACAUUAAGUUGCAUGAAUAAACCUGUGCCAUUAUGGUAUUGAGGAGUGGCAUUUUUUAGUCCAGUAGGUGAAGUUAGCGUGAAAGGAACGUGUGAUGGUGGUUAGCACCAUGCUGUUGCAUCUCACACAUAUGGUGGUAGAUGGAGGACUCCAACUGUGCACCCUAUGCCUUUCCUUUUUCUUAGAUCCUUACCCCGCCUUUUCUCUUUUUCCAGGACACCAUAAAUGAAACUUGCAUCUCCUGGGAUGAGAGCGAAACGUAAGUGGUGACUAAUGUUGUUUACAUCCUGUUUGUGUAUUUCCAUUCAUAAAUGUCCAUAUUUUCAUCAUUUUGUCAACCCAUUUGGUGAUAGCUGAUUAUUCCUGCAAGCUCAAAGAUUCAUUCACUCCUGCUUCUAUCACUUUAUAUGAGCGUUCACCCUUUAGCUAUAUAAGUCACUGUGAUGCAGUAGUGUUGCAUCUCUUGUAAUGUCAAUCAUCUCUACUAGCAGGGACAGAGCAUCAGUAGAUCAUGUUGACAUGACCCAUCCGCCUGGGCUUUAUGGGUAGCAGUCUCUCUCAUCCUCAGAGUCCCCUGUGACACCUUUCACUGAUCAACAGGUCAUCUGGAUCCACAGAGGCAACAUUGAUGUAAAGUUUAAUUUUAAUAAUCCAAAGACAAUGGCAACUCUUCUUCUCCCAUCUUUCCCGUGUCCAUUUUGUUAACAGAGGUCAACAGGAAGUGACACAUGGACGUUUAAAAAAAUGUCUACAUGCAUUUUAAUGCAUUAUGAAUACCCCACGUCGUUCUGUUUACCCCCAGCUCUGGAUCUAUCACUGUGGGGCUUAGGGUGCAUGCAUCCUAAAUGGCACUCUAUUCCCUAUAUAGCACACUACUUUUGGCCAGAGCUCCACAGGGACUAUAGGGAAUAGGCUGCCAUUUUGGAGGCAGCCAGCCCAACAUUUGCAUUUAGAUAGAUUUGUACACUUGUGGAUCACAGAUAAGCACAGCAAUGCAUUCAACUGAGGCCCUAUCCGCCUCCGAAUCCCUUCCCACCUGAGAAAAGCAAACCAAGUCGAAAGAGAGAAGAAUAAAUAAAGAGGAAGAGGAGAAAAUGUAAUCAACUCCUACACUUUCAGAAGGGAGGGGGGUAGGAGAAGGGAGGGGGUAUGUGCCUCCAGCUAAAUUAGAUUCAUUUUGGACAGCAGAUGUGAUUAAUGCCUAGAUGGAGGUAGGAGAGGGGGGAACGGGAGAGAGGGAGAGAGGGAGAAGCCCUGGAUCAGAUAUUGGGUCAAUGUUUACUCUGUGGAGCAGCACUUGUUUGGUUUUGAGGCAGGCUCACGGGGAGGAUGUCAUUAUUCUACAUGUCCAUCCACGCCCAACUGUCUAUGCUAUGCUAUAGACACACAGAUUUAGGCCUAGCGCUAAGCUAGGCUAGUCUAGAAUCAGUGUUCACCUCUCAGUGAGAUGCUAUUAGCAUUAGAUAUUAGACAUAAGACUCAUUCCAAGCUAACCUACUCUGUCUGAUCCCUAUUCGAAGCUACACAGUCAGAUAUUUACAGUUAAACAAACCUUUCCAAGGAACAAUGCCUCCUAGUCUACCCUAUACUUCACCUUACAACUUCUAACCCAUCUGAGCGAUCUGAGAAAUCUAACAGGCAAGCAGGUAUUUAACUGAACUGGCAGCAAAGCAAAGCCUUCUCUCCCAGAUGACUUUCCUGUUGACUUCCUACUAGUGACUACUGCAAUUUCCCCCUAGCCUCCCUGCUAUACAUGACAGUGUGUGGGCUUAUAUCUGGGUAGGAGGCUGGCUGGUGGUUGUGUUCUAUUUUCACAGAAUCACAGCUUUUCACUCCCUUUUCUCCCCCUGACACUCACAACAUGUGAAACACUGUGAGGUGGCAGCAUCUGCUGCUGCACAGUGCAGCCAGAUCACUUUACCCCCAUGUGUCAUAGCAAGGAUUUUUUUCACAGAAUAUGUGACGCCCUUGUGUCUCAUCCCUCAUGCUUCCAUGAUGAGGAAAAGGGAUGGUUUCUGUCUGAGAUUGCUGAUUACAAUGUCUUUUAGUGGUCAUUGAUGACAAGACAUUGCCCUUUGUCUCAAUACCUAAAACUGGAUAUUCUUGGAUGAAAAUCCAUAGUGGCCAUCUUAACUGAGAGUUAAAAGCAUACACCAUAGAUAUUCAAAAGGUUUAGAGAAGACCCUAUGUCAGUCAUAUAGAGGUCAUGCGGUGAAGCGAUUCCCGUGCCCACACCGUAAGGUUUAGCAGAAAGGCACAAAUGAAAUCCUUUCUCAUCCACAGAAAUCCACUCAUAUUUCUUAUUUUACUCAUACAUUUGAGAAAGUGCUAGAAGAAAUGGAUUCUCUUUUACAAUCUCCUCUUUCAGUAUAUUGACUAUAGGCUUGUUGGGGUUCUCCAGUAUCCACCAUCUCAUGUCUACUACUGCUUGGGAAAGAUGGUCAAAUAAUAUAAUUUAGACAGAUCAUAUUUUAUGUUUUUGGUAUAGCAUUAGCAACAAUAAAGUGUUCAUCCCAUAGCAGUAUGAAAAAUGUAUGCACUCACUAACUGUAAGUCGCUCUGGAUAAGAGCGUCUGCUAAAUGACUAAAAUGUAAAUGUAAUAGCAGGGCCACCAUUUCAGGUGUUAGAACUACAUUUACAGAAUGAGACAUACAUUUACAUUUACGUCAUUUAGCAGACGCUCUUAUCCAGAGCGACUUACAAAUUGGUGCAUUCACCUUAUAGCCAGUGGGAUCACCUCAUAGUCACUCAUAGUCACUCAUUAUAACAAAACCGUUUGUCUUGUGAAAACAACAGGUUUAUUCUUCUAUCAUUACAGUGUAAUAAGAACUUAGAUUUGGAGAAAACUCACACACAUAUCACAUAUCAUAUCAAUCAAGUAUCAGAAACAUAAAUUCCCAUGGUAGAGCAUAGCACUUGCAACGCGGGGGUUGUGGGUUCGAUUCCCACGGGGGACCAGUAUGAACAAUGUAUGCACUACUGUAAGUCGCUCUGGAUAAGAGCGUCUGCUAAAUGACUAAAAUGUCAAAUGUACAUUUCAAAUUACCAUGCAAAACUGAAAGACCUGUGAUUUGCUACUACAAAUGUUCUGGGCAUAGUUUAUGAGGUCUUAUUGUAGUAUACAAUGACAAAUGAUUGGGAUGGAGAGGUUGAUUUGAAGUAUUUCUCAGAGAAUUGUUUCCUCACUCAUACAUAACCCGCACUUCUCUUUCACUCUUGCCCUGUGCAGUUCUUCGCUGCUUGGAUCUUGGUCUGCGCGUAGCUGCAGAGCGGUCGCCGUUGAUUCAUUCAGAACCAAAUGCGUGUGUGACAGGCUCUCCACCUUCGCCAUUUUAGCGCGUCUUAACCCUGAUAUGGUAAGUGUUGCGCCUAUUUACCGUGUGUUUCUUUAAUGUUAAUGUUCGUUAUGUGUGAUGAUAGAAUGAAAUGUAAACGUAGGCGUUGUUUUUCGAAUGGCUCGGUUUCGCGCUGCCAGCUUCUCCCUCUUUGUCUCUGUGCAGGCUCCAUUGACCAUAGGUUUGAUAGACUGGUGAUUUUAAUGGUCAGAUAAAUAACUGUGCAACAUGUUGACAUCCGAUAGAAAUGGCAUUCAAUAUGUAUCAAAAUAACUGUCGAAUAAUGGUGAUAAUAGGCCUAAUCGUUACAUUUUAAAUAUGGUUUUCAAUACAUUUUCUUAUUUAAUUUGUGCAAAUGACAUAUGCCCGUGUGUGCAUUAAUAAUCGGAGGCAAUUCUGUGUAAUUCUUAUCAAUUGAAUGAAAUAAAAUAGUUAAAUUAAUGUUUAAAUACAAAAGCUAAAUGUUUUAAUUGUAGCCUACAAAUAGAGUGAAUAGCUACAGGCGUCACCUGAAAAAUGUAUAUGGGAUUCAGGCACUUAGGCUUAUUAAUCAUAUCAGAAUUUGUUCUACAUAUCAGAAAUGUGUUUCCAUUUAUUAUUUCAUGCAUUUUGCGUAUUGAAAUUCAUAGGGAGUUGCAUUUCAUAGUUUUCACAGCAUGCAUUGACUUGGUGGAAAAAUAUACUUUGAUUAGUGUAUUCAUUCUAUCAAUAUGUAUAGAGCUCUAUUGCGCAAAAACCAUGUGUAAUUUACCCCGUUUAGAUUUUGCCUCCAUAGCAGUUCACUCUCUAGUUGCCCUGGUAACGACUUCUGUGGUGCAAGCUCAUCUGUGUGAUUUUUGGUAACUGAGAUAUUGUAUGCUUGGACUGCAUGAUUCUGCUGUAUCCAGCGGAAGAUCCUGCCAAUCUGAACAUAAGAGAUGCAAUCUGUGCUUUGUUUGUCUCUAGACCUGUUGUCAUCAUUUGAUUUGUCUCUGUUGCCAGUCUGGAAAAGGAUAAGACAGCUACAGCGCCCCCUGUGUUUGUGAGACAACAGCAAAAACCAGCCACCCCUACCCACCCCCCCAUAGUCAACGGCCAGCUACGCCAAUCAUUUUGUCUGCCAAUACCUCUGAAUCCAUCACCCCCCCCCCCCCCCCCCCCCCCCCCCCCCCCCCCUCCCCCUCUGAAUAAUGGCAAAAAGACGCUGGCCAAUGAGAGGCAGACGUCUGGUUGUGCACUGAUGGUUCCACCCGCCCCACCAUCCUUUGAUGUGUACUGUAGACAUUUUCAAUACUGUCCCUCCGCCUGCCAGCUGUAUGGGAGAGGAGAAAGAACAGCCAGACACUGCAGUGUUUCAGCUCUCAUUUGAUAAGGUCUGCUUCCUGGACCCUGCACCAAUGAGAACGUGUCUUGGACACAUAGUCAAAGAGGCAGGAUUGGCCCACCUAGUUAGUCAGUGAAGAUAACCUUGACCAAUGGCCACCGAUUAGAGCGGUGCGCACUGGGUAAUCAAGCCUUAUCACAAAUGAAAAUGUGCACUUAAUAGGCACCAUAAAGGACUUUUUCUUUCUUCCGUCCAGAUUCUAUGUUUAGGAGAAAAUGGGAACAUUGGGAUUCUUCAAGGGCAAAAUCAAGACAUGGCUCAUUUUUAGGUCAAACUCGUAGGCUGAAUUACAGUUUCAUUCAGUAGCCCAUGGCGAAAGGCUGCAUCAACCCAGAUAGACAGAUAAAUAGGGAGGGAGAUAGUGAAGCUAGCAUAUUGCUGCCACAGUUAUUUUUCUCCCUGGCAUUAGCAAAAGGUGGAAGCAAAAGGCAGUUCAGCUCACCCCUUCGCUAUCUGCCAUCUGGUUUGGGAGCCUCUGAUGUAGUUGGAUAGAUUUCGAAACAAAUCUGCUGUGCUAAUUUAGUAUUUGGCUGCCGUAGGCCCGUGUUUGCCAGCUGUGCUGUGAUAUGAGGUAGGUCCUCGCAGAGAGCAGAUAGCGACAGAGACAGCCCUCCAAGGCACUGCAUUCAUCCCCAUUUUAGCCUCUCAGACAUUAUCUGCAAUGCCAAAGCGAUGUGGCACUUUGUAUUUUGUAUGCUAUAGACACAACAUUUUAUGGGUUAAUCAUAAAUGGAGAGCCAAGCUAAUUACAUUUUGGUCAGUGAUAUCCGGGAUCCUUGGGAUCCUUGUCCCUACCCUAAACUCUAACCUUAAUCUCAACCCUUACCCACCCUAACCAUAACCCUUACCUAACCCUAACCUUAACCCUUACCUUAACCAUUUUACAUUUUAACUUCAAAGGGACGUCCCAAGGAUCCCAGAUAGCCUAUUUUUUUUUAUUCCUCAGUAUUUAGCUCGCUCCUUAGCCUUUUCCCACCUCUUUAUAAGUGCCACAAUUCCUAACCCCUAUCAAAAUGCCUAAUUAGACUCUUCGACUAUGAAGGCUUUCACCUUGGGUGCCUGAACAUGAUUUGUCCGCGUCUCAUUUGCACCACAGUGAUGCAGAUUAAUCUAAGGUGUUAAAUUAACUCAAGCCCCACAAAAGAUAUCAAGGCAGGGGGAUGGUAGGCGAGGCAAUAAGCCCCAGCCAGUUAGCUGGUGGGUGUGGGUGGGGGGCACUGGGUCCCUCUCAUCAGUAUUGGUGCCCUCGUGGCCCCACAGGUGAGUCAGCAGCAGGGCUAACAAGGGCGCGACAUCCUCUCCCAUGUGCCCGCCACUGAGAGUUCAGUGUGCCAGGGCUGUCUGAGACAAAGGCGGGCACCUCCGAUGGCACUAGCAGGGCACCAAGCUGCUGUCAGAGACAUGGCAGGGCAGGGGGUGGCAGAUUAAUGCACAGGUGAUAAGAGCCCACCUGUCCACUGCAGAGAGGGGUGAGAAGAUAUUGGGUACACACACAGACAGUAGAAAUCCCCUCAUAGAAAGGCACAACGGCAUAUAAAUCUAUGCAGAUAUCAGCUUGUAAGGUUGGGUGGUGAUACGUAGAAGGUUACUACUGCAGCUAUAGCCACCGCUGUCGCACCACAAUGGCAGGAGAAAAUAACAGCAAGCCUAACUGAAACACCCGGGAUAUUUCUCUCUCUCUCUCUCUCUCUCUCUCUCUCUCUCUCUCUCUCUCUCUCUCUCUCUCUCUCUCUCUCUCUCUCUCUCUCUCUCUCUCUCUCUCUCUCUCUCUCUCUCUCUCUCUCUCUCUCUCACCUUCUGCUUACUAGCGGGAGAUAUAUGUUAUGUAUCCUCCUCGCCUCAUUUGCUGGUUCAAAAGCUCAAUGGGGAAACGCAGUGACCUCGGCCGAGUCUCUGGCUCGCCGCUCCAUCUUACUGACACGUUCACCUUGGGGUCACCUUGCCUUAGUCGUGGCCUAAUUGUGCCAUUCAGCUGUCUGCCUUCAGGGAGCCGUCUGCUGUUCCAGAUAGCGCAGCAGAGAACAGACCCACAAGGCUCACUGCUAGUGUGUGUGUGUGUGUGUCAUUGUACAUUUUCUGGUGUUAGCCUUUUUCAUGUGUGUGUGUUUGCUGGUGUGCACCGUACUAAGGGAAUGCAUUGUGUUGUCUUGUCUCCUCUCUACAGAACAUGGAUAAGACUCUGCUUCCCUCUGUGACGCUCAUCGUCGGCUGUGGGGUCUCGUCUCUCACCCUUCUGCUCCUCAUCAUCAUCUAUGUCUCCGUCUGGAAGUAAGUGCCCCCUGGAAGCAAAACCACUAUUAGACAUUUCAGUAGUAUCGUAUGUCUUUGUGUGCGCAACACGCUUUGUCUUCCCCCCGUCCUCACUCUCCUUUUCGUCCUCCAGGUAUAUCCGCUCGGAGCGCUCAGUGAUCCUCAUCAACUUCUGCCUCUCCAUUAUCUGCUCCAAUGCCCUCAUUCUGGUUGGACAAACCCAGGCUCGCAACAAGGUAGGGCACAAUUCUAACCAACCCCCUCUCUUCUUUUUCUUCUUCUCUAUGGCUUAGACUGACUUCCUGCUUUGAGGCCUUGGAGAUUAACCGCACCACUGACACCGUUUUUCUCUCACUCUCUUUCUCUCUUUCCCUCCUUCCUUCAGGUGGUGUGUGGAGUGGUGGCUGCCCUCCUUCACUUCUUCUUCCUCUCAUCUUUCUGCUGGGUGCUGACGGAAGCAUGGCAGUCCUACAUGGCUGUCACAGGCCGUCUGCGCAACCGCAUUAUCCGCAAGCGUUUCCUCUGCUUGGGCUGGGGUACGUGCCCUAAUAAAUGGCUUUCUGUCUGUCUGUCACUGUGUCCAUAGAAAUAUAGAAACACUAUUUCUGUCCGUAGAAAUAUAAUUGCUAGAAUGGGCAUCCCCAUUCAAAGAGUAAUUAAAGUCAUUAUAUUUGUAUGAGUCUGUCACUGUGUCUAUGUGUCUGUAUUUCCUCUUCCAGACUUCACCUAAUUCCAACCAUCUUUGGACAUUCUAACUGCAUGUCUUCCUCUAUUUCUGCCAUUUUGUCUUCUCGUUCAAUCCUAACUAUGUUCCUUCUCUCUCUCGCUCUCUUAUAGGACUCCCUGCUCUGGUGGUGGCUGUGUCUGUUGGAUUUACCAAGGCUAAGGGAUAUGGCACCGUCAACUAGUAAGUUUAACCUCAAUCUGUCUCUUCCUCCUCACCUCUCUCUCUCUCUUUCUUCUAGCUCCCUCUCUCUCUAACUCCCUUACCCUAGCUCAUGUAAUAAUUGUUCUUGUUCUGUCUGUUCCCUGUAGCUGCUGGCUCUCUCUGGAGGGUGGACUCCUCUACUCAUUCGUUGGACCCGCUGCUGCUGUUGUUCUGGUAUAUAUCCCUGUAUAUCAAAAAUAAAUAAAAAAACAUUCAAAUACUUUUUAAUGAAUGCUUUACCUUACAUUCUCUUAUGACAUAUAGUAGUUAAACCAAUUGCUAACCAUUGAUAAACAUAUUGUUAACCAUAGUUAAACCCAUUGCUCACUACAAUUGUUCCACUCAUUGUGUCUUUAACUUCUUUUGAACAGGUGAACAUGGUAAUUGGUAUCCUAGUCUUCAACAAACUGGUGUCCAAGGACGGCAUCACCGAUGUCAAACUGAAGGAGCGAGCGGGAGCAUCACUGUGGAGCUCCUGUGUGAUUCUGCCCCUGCUGGCCCUCACCUGGAUGUCCGCUGUCCUGGCCAUGACCGACCGCCGCUCCGCUCUCUUCCAGAUUCUCUUCGCUGUCUUUGACUCCCUGGAAGGGUUCAUCAUCGUCAUGGUGCACUGCAUCCUGCGUAGAGAGGUAAGCACAACGUUUUCAAGUCGGACGUUUAUUAUUUUCCUAUGUUUUGGUUUGUAUUGAAGGGUGUUCUGAAAGGGUAUAUCAGAAUGUAGCUGACUGUUUGGUCAUUUCGCCACUGUUCUAAUAGGUCCAAGAGGCAGUGAAAUGCAGAGUUGUUGACCGUAAGGACGAUGGCAAUGGAGAUUCUGGCAGUUCCCUCCGUAAUAACCACCACACCCAGCUCAUGGUGAGUGUCUUUGGUUAUGCUUAUAAUGUCUUGAAUUAAAUUGUUAUGAAUGAUUGAGUCUUGUGUUUUCAAUGUAAAAGUGUUAUAUAAAUAAACUAUUGAUCAGUACUAAUAAAACCAUAUCUUUGUAUUUUUUUUUGCAGUCUGAUUUCGAGAAGGAUGCUGACUCCAACAGACUUGGUGAGCCUCUUUCCUUUCAUUAGCCCCUUAACCAUUUUUCCAUUCACAUACUUAAAUGCCCUUUCAUUCCUGGAGGGCAUAGGGCCUUUAUUUGUCCAUUUAGAAUGAAGAUAUUUUAGAGGCAUGUUGUUACUUAAGGAAAACAUUUCAGCACAGCCUUUGAUUUAAUCUUUCAAUCAAUGUGAAUCAACAGAAAUGCCCAGCAUGAUUGUACUGUAAGUGCACUCUCUUACCUAUUUGCCCCCACCCCUUCCCUCCUCCCUAUUCUAGGUGGUAUGAGCUCCUCCUGUGAGGAGAAGAUGCCCCUCCCACCUCAGCUGCCCCUCCCCAUGAGCUCCAACUUCCACACCCUGCCCUCCCAUACCACCAAGGCCCACAUGCAGGCUGUGCCCGAGUACUCCAGCCACACCCUCACCCUGAAGAGGGAGAAGAGCCGGCUGCAUGGCGGCAUGGACCCAUCCUCCUGCGGGAAACCCGUCUAUGUGUGCGACGGCGAGCUCUUCCAGCAGCUGGAUGCCAACCUGGCGCGUGGCCAGGUGGAGGGGAGCUGCCCCGACGGUAGUGGCUACUUGCUCCUGCCCAACACCACCUCUACCCUUCGCAAGGCGAAAGAUGACCCGUCCAAGUACAACAUCAGCGUGGAGCAGCUUCCACAGACCAGGCUGGUUCAUCUCAGCGGACCCUUCGCUGAACCCCAGGCCACUUUCGGACUCAAGGCACUACCAUCCGACCGGGUCAGCGUGUCCUACUCGGAGAGGGACUCUCCCAUCCAGAACAUCCACAACAUGUCCAGCGAGUCUCAUAUCACCCACAGCAGCCUGGGAGACACCUUCGACUCAAUGAACUCCAUGAUGUCCAAGAGCGAGACCAUCUCCACACUGUCCAUGAGCUCCCUGGAGAGACAGAAGUCCCGUUAUGCUGAAUUAGAUUUUGAGGUAUGUAUCUUAAUGUAACCAACAAAACGUUAUUAUAUAACAAAUACUGUAUUAUCAUGUUAAUAACACAUCUAUAAACUUGUAAUAAACAUGUAAUAACUUCAAAGAGUAACAUUUAAGCAAUCUCAAGUGCAUAAUUGUAUAUUAACCAAUAAUCUGGAUAGUAGGAAAUUAAAUUUGCUUUUUCCCAUGUGUCCUGUAGAAGAUCAUGCACACAAGGAAACGUCACCAGAACAUGUUCCAGGACCUCAACAGGAAAUUACAUCACGCUGAGAAACAAGACAGAGAGUCCCCUGCUUCAGACAGCAAGGUAAAUAAUCCUACAGAAAUCUAUUUUACAGUGUACAUACGGAUUCACAUACAGUUAUUAGUUCUUUUUAUUUAAGAUAAAUACAGUAGAAAAUAAAUGGUAGUCGCUAGGCUAGACAACAUUAACCAAAAGAGAAAGAGAGAGACCAUUCCAAGCCAUGGAACAUCUUUAAUCAGAUUCGUCAUGCAGAAAUGCUGAGUCUUUAUUUACAUAAGAGUAUUGUUCUUGAAGAAAACUUGACCUCAGCAAACCACUGACCUCAGCUGUUAAUUGCAUUAACAGUCUUUUAAGAUAGUUUAAAUAAUUAUGAUUUUUUUUCUUCUUCCUUACAGUCUGUGAGAUGGAGUGUGUCCUCUGGAGGAAGUGACAAAACAAACCACAGCGUGAGUCCUAUUACCCAUACUGGUCUAACUUUCUGAAUACACCUUUUAAGGCAUUUUAAACAGGGUGUACUCUGCACUGCAACGCUCCACUAGCCCCCAGUAUAACAGUUAAUCCACAUUACAGAAUUAUAUUAUGAUUUUUAAGUUACCUUAAAGGUAGUUAGUUAAUGGCUAGUCGAUUGACAGUCGUUGGAUUAAACAAGGAAUACUACAAUGAAUGACCAUUGGUCUGCCUAUCAACCAGAUUCACAAUUUUCAUAAAAAUAUAGGUCCAGCUUUAUUGCAUUGAACAUACCGAAUCCAAUGUAGGUAUAUUGAUGAUACCAAUACUCAUGGCCUUCCUCUUUUCACCUCAUCAGGACAAGCAGCAGCCACAGGUGGAGAGACCCUGGGAUGGGGUCCAGAGGACGCAGCAUUCGCCACCUGCCUGGGUGCGGAAGGACCUGGAGCCCCUGGCCGCGUCGCCCCUGCAUAUGCAGCAGGUGGAGUGGGAGAAGGCUGGAGCCACCAUCUCAAUGGUCAGCCAGGACAUCAUUGACCUGCAGACGGAGGUCUGAGAGGAUGAGCAUGAGAUUGUUCCUUAUAGUUCAACCUUGGUCACCUAUUCUAUUGGUUUGGGGAAAAGGAGAGCCAUGGAUCCACAUGGAUAGAGUAGAGGAAGCCAAGAACGAACAAGUGAAGAGAGGUGGGGGAAGAGAGAGCUGAGAGAGCGCUGAACCCAGAAUCCAUGUCUACAAACCCUCAACAAGAGAAAGAUGGAGAGAUGGAAGGAGGGAGGCUAUUGUGUUGUGCUGUCAAGAUUUUGUUUUCCAGCAAGGACUUGAUAAUGAGCAACACUAGAGAAGCAGUGUGAUACUGACUGGCGGUGUCAGUUAGUGACGGAUGGUUCCAAGGACUGGUUCUGGUUCUGUUCGUGGUCCGACCACAGAGGUUUCCUUUAAUCUUCCGACUGGGCUCAGGAGAGGUGUGGUCAACAUGGUUAACAUGCGGUCAACAUGGCCCUUCGACUCGUUUUAAAACGGUGGGUUUCACUCUACCCCGGGGCUCCAACCAAACUGAACAAUGUACUCUUGUGUUUGUGGCCAAGGCAUCUUCCAAGUUGGCUAGGACAAGGCAAGAAGAGCCGACUGGACUCCCUUCAGACUUGGGGUCUGACUCAAUGCUGUGGUUUAUGGACACAUCCUUUCAUUGCUGUGUUGUAGCUAUUAUUUUCUUGCUUCGCCUGGAAGUGCAUCUAAAGAGCUUCAAAGACUCUUCCAUGAGAACUCUCUUCUGAGACUAUGAUGCUUACACUGGAGACAAGGCUUGAUCAUGCUUACAGAGCAGAACAUUAUUAUUAUCAUUAUUGUUAUU